CCCGCUCUCAUCAUCAUCUCUCCUUUUACACACUCUCUCUCUCUUUCCUUCAUCAGUCAACAUUCAUAAUGUAUUGAAGAAACUGAUCUACAACAAAUAUCACCAAUUUUAAUGUUCUUUUUGUCUUUGUGAUUCUUUUUUCUUAAUUAUCUUCAUGUUUUCUUAUUUAUUAUUGUCUAUUCAUCAUCACCUUUGAUUACUCAGUGUAACAAUCAACAAAUUAAGUGGAUUAAUUGGUUAUAUUAUUGAUCUUUAAUCGGCAAAUCAAGUUGAUCUUCAUGGCCAAUUUUGGUGGAAUCAUUUUGAAUCAAGAGAAAACUCUUACAACUUUAAUUGUAUUCACCUUAAUUUUUAUAAUCAAUUGUGCUCAACCAAAUUCACAAGGUGACCUGGACUUAAGUGAGACCCCUUUAGAGCCGAUUCUAGUUCUACCGGGUGACGAUGCAUUUAUCGAUUGUACAGUUAACGAUUUAGCUAAUCGAACUGUAGUCUGGAAAUAUGCUAAUGGAAUCGAUGACCUGGAAACUGCUAGAACUUUGACCGCUGAUAAGGUUCGAAUAACGGAAGAUGCAAGAUUUUCCGUUCUCCAUCGAACAGGCCAUCAAACUUGGGUUCUAAAAAUUCGAGCCGCUGCUCCAGCCGAUUCUGGUGUUUACUUGUGUCAAGUUAACUCUGAUCCACCGAUUUCCAUUUCACGAUUCCUCACAGUGACUUUCCCCGAAGCGGGUAACCCUUUAUCCCAUGCAUCACCUUUUGUGACCCUUUCAGAUCACAAUUUCACCGAAUGCUGUCACUCUGAACAAGUAGCCGACAUUUGUUUACCUUUUUGUAAUAUUAAAAAUCUGGUUGGACAAACACCUUCACCGGCAGCAGCGGUCACUUGUAUUCAAUAUAUGCCUCCAAUGGUCCGUUGUUUAGCCGAUGGACGAAACCAUCUACCUUGUUGUGUCCGACAAAAUGUUCCCGAAGUGUGUCUACCCUCUUGCUCCGGUAACUACAGUCUGACCCGAGUUGUUGACAAUAUUGUUUGUCUUCAAUACGCUGCUCCAAUUUUAUCUUGUAUCGCCCAAGGGAUUGAGACACUUCCACCUCAACCAAUUGGUGUUACACUUGAACAACUUUCACCGACAUCACUUCAGGUCAAAUGGAAUCUACCCAAACAACGAACAGGUUCAAUUGAAAGGUCACCGACCGAUACAAUUCAGAUCAAUGUAACCCAAAGGUUAUCAUUCAAUUUAUCUGGAAAAUUAGUGACCACCGAAGAUACCUCAUCAAGUGACCUCUCGUCGGUUAUCAAAUCGGCCAAUUCAACUGAUCAUAAAUCAAUUAAAGUUGAUGCAACUCUAACAUCUUAUACACUCAAUGAUUUGAAACCUUUCACCUUGUACCAGGUAGUGUUAACUUCACAUAAUAAAUUUGGUUCUAGUCAAGAAACACCAAUGGUUCAAGCGUUAACCUCACCUGAACCAGUUCCAGAGAAAAGUUUGAUCAAAUCUAAAUUAUCGGCAACGAACAAUAAUUCAGGUAAAUCUGUGAAACUUCCCGACCUAAGGAAAUGCUGCAAAGACGGCGGAGUGAAAAGUGAAGCCUGUAUCGAUGCUCUUUGCGAUCCAACUCAACAGUACAACGUUUCUCGAAUCAUGAGUUGUUCACAUUUCGCCAACAUCACCUUUAAAUGCAUGUCAUUAUCUUCCGUUGACCAGUCAGAAUGCUGUCGAUUACGGGGUAUUUCAACCUUUUGCCAAUCUCUUUGUAAAUCAGCGUCGGUCAUUUCACUUCGACACACUGUUUGUUUCCACCAUUUUCCCGCUUUUCUCAAUUGUUACGUUGAACGUUUCGAAGUCCUUCCCAGUCCACCAAUGGAUUUAACCGUUGCCUCUGUUCACCAUCGAUGGGCAUUACUUGACUGGGAACCUCCAAUGAAACGAGGUUCAACCGUAACAAAGUACGUUGUCCAUUGGCGUGACAUGGAAUCGGUUGAACUUAUUCAAACGGAAACGGUCACUAAUCCUCCUUACCUAUUGGACGAAUUGAGGCCUGGAGUUCAGUAUGAAGUUUAUGUGACAGCGUUGAAUAAGUAUGGAUCGUCUCAAGACUCGAUUCGUAUUGAUUUUCGUACUCAAUCACUUCCCUCAAAUGAUCUCAUCGAUGCUACCAUGGCUUCGGCUAAAAUGAUCUACAAUGAAACCGCUUGUUGUGCUCGUGCAAACAUCAGUGCUCUUUGUCUUCCUCUUUGCUCAUAUUCGGUUAAAGUUAACGAAGUUCUCGGAUUAGGUCCAUUGUGUGUCGAUGCGACAACUGCAUCAAUCAUCGUUCGUUGUACAGUCGGUGGUCGUGAUCAUAAACCUUGUUGUGAACGACGAGGUGUCUCUCCCGAGUGCCAUGGUCUUUGCGGUGGUCUCAUUGAUGGAACACCCUUUCAAGUUGGUACCCGUUGUGGACCCGAAGGACCAAACAUAUUACUCUGUGUUAAAGAAGGUGCCGAAACUCUGCCAGGUCAACCUUGGGAUUUACAUGCAUACAAAUCAACACGGGACAGUAUUUACCUUCGUUGGAAAACCUCUGAUGAAGAUCUUGCCCGAGGCGUUAAUUCAGUUAACUUUACCGUUCGUUACAGUCCAAUUGUCGGCUUACAAAUUCCGGUUCAUCCGCUAAAAUAUAAAUUCCAAGUCAACACAAGCUCAACCGAAAUGGUUCUCGAAAAUUUAAACGCUUCAACGACCUACAGUAUUUUUGUACAAUCUUUCAAUUCUUUCGGUACCUCAUUGCCUUCAUUUGUGCUUCUAGUGACCACUACAUCGCUUGAAAGUGAAAUUAGCGAAGGGCGAAUGGUAUCAACAAUCGGCCCACCCCAUGCUCUUGAGGUGAUCCAUCAAACCCAUGAGAUGAUAAGUCUCCGUUGGUUACCGCCUUUAUACAUCUCCCCUGAUGCAACCGUUAAUUAUAUUGUCCAUUUUAAACCAAUAACUGAUUCCGAUUGGACAAAAAUUGAUGUCAACUUUAAUUCAGCUGAUUUAGCUGGACUAUUACCUGAUACUAAAUAUGCCAUUUCUGUUCAAGCGUCAACGGAAAAUGGUUACAAAAGUCAUCUCUCAGAAACCAUUCUAGUCUCUACCGAUCCUAUUCAACCUGUCAUUGUUGACCCACCUUCACUACUUCCCACCGGACCAAUUACUGAAGGUGAUAAUAUAACAAUUCUUUGUGUGGGUCGUGGACUUCCUCCACCGGUCAUCUCCAUCCUUCUCAAUGGUCAAGUUGCUUAUAAAACAAUGGCCGAAAAGGUUUACUAUACAAUACCAAAUAUGCCAAGGAACAUAACCUCAAUCGGCUGUUAUGCCGCUAAUGGCGUUUCCGUCCAGGGCUCUUCUGAUGCACACAAGUCGAUCCUUGUUCGGAUUAAAUCCACACCAACGGCAACAAUUAAGGAAGAAUUUCUUCGAGCCAUGAAGUUUGCCGAAGUUCGAAUCUCCUGUCGAGUCUCCGGUGAUCCAAAGCCGAAUGUUACCUGGUUCAAGGACGGUGAUGACCAAGUUGUUGUCGCUCCAGGUCCAGAAGUUGCAAUUAGAUCAAUGGACGAUCCUAUGUUGGCUGGAAGUUUCUAUUCAAUUUUGAUCUUAAAAAAAGUCGCUCAAAUGGACACUGGUCGUUACAUCUGUAAAGCAACUAACGAACUUGGAGUGGCCUCUGAUUCCGUUGAGAUGCAAGUAGUUAUGGAGAAAGUUGAACGAAGUGAUGCCGCUUCGUGCUGCGCUCGAAGUGGAGUACCUCAAGAAUGUCUCGGCGCUUGUACACCGAGAGGAAUUGAUAUAAACUUUGCAUUCCAUAAGCACGAAUGUCUCAAUGCCCUUGGACUAUUAAUCUUAUGUGCCAGAGAUGGUUAUGAUCAUACUCAAUGCUGUCAACAAUUAGGUGUCCAUCAGAAUUGCUUACACUUUUGUGAAGGUAUUCCCAAUCCACGAUCAAAGGAAUCAUUUUGUUUACUUUACGAUGCUAAGCUAAUUGUUCACUGUAUCAGUUCAACAAACGGAAGUUCAGUGCCACUUCCAAGCGAAACAAGUUCCCUAUCGGAUGAUUACGAGUUUUACUUUCAACACCCUGACCAAUAUCAUCAUUCAUCAACAUCAACGGUCAUCUUACCUUUAGUCAUUACAGUCAUUCUAAUCUGUAUGGUGACCAUUGUUAUCGGUUUGGUCAUUUAUGGUUAUCGACGAUACUUCAAAACAAGAAUAACUUCCGGUGAGGAUGUUGUCGGAUUCGAGAAUCAAAGUUACCUUCGAGACAAUGACUCGGUUGACCUUGGAAAUCCAUUUCAACGGGUCAACCGACCCAAUGGUCAAGCAAGAGCAACAUCAACCUGAAGAAAUUUAAAUUUCCACAAUCAAAUCCCGAGAACUGAAUCAGAAUCAUUUCCAUGACUUUUGUUAUUUAUCGUUGUGAUAAUAAUUCCUUGUUUUUAUUUUCUUUUUUUUGCCAAAAAUCAUUUUUAAUUGUUCUGAUUCUUUUCCUUUUUUCUUUAAAUUAACUUGACGAAAUUUUUUUCUAUUCCAUCAAUAUUGUUAUCCAAUUCUAAUUGUUGAGAAAAUAUUGAUUCUAUCAAAGUAUUAGUACCAUUCCGUUAAAUAUUAUCGCUCGUUAUAAGGGAUAUUUGAUAUUAACUAUCAUCAAUUGUUAAUUAUUACCAAUCACUCACAACAAUCAACAAUAAUUUUGUUAAUCAUUUGUUUGUUUUUCUGUAAAAAAAAAUAUUUCUUAUAAUUUAUUGUAAAUUUGAUAACAAAAUAUCAAGAAAUUAUGUUAAAACUAUCGAGCGAGAUAUAAGAUUGAUAAUUGAUCCAAUUCUGUAAUAAUAUCAUCUAAUUGUUCAGCGAUUUAUUAAUUAUCAUGUCUGUAAUUGAAUAAAUAUUUUCUCACAAUUGAUUGUCCAGUUAUUAACUAAACUGGUCAGUCUAAUGAGCGCAACUUGUUGAUUAACAAGUUAUUCAUGAUCAAUUCAUGUUUGGCCCCUUUAAUGUUAACCUAAUUGUUGAUUAAGGUUAAAUUUUUUAAUGAAAAGGGUCAAAAUACAGAUAAUUUAAAUCUUUAAUCAAAACAA